AGUCCACACUGCCUGCUCACUGUGCCGAAACAUGAUGAACCAUUCACCCCUAUGGGAAUUUCUCCUCCCAGCUUGCUAGCGUCAGCUACAUCUGUGUCUGUCAGCCUGAGUAGUUCCAGCAGCGGCAGCAUAGUGGCAGCAGCCGUGACUUGGCUCCGACAUCAGGCUGCCUCACUGUGCCAUUCUGCUUUAACUUGCCUGAGAGGGAGCACAGUGCGUCUCACUCUGCUCGCUCUUCAAGAAAAAGUUCUGUUCUGCAAUUUCUUUGGCUUCAGUGCAGAUUUGUUUCAAAUUCAUGAAUGAGAAAGGAAGGCAGCUUUGCUUUUAGAGGAGACUUUUUGGAGCUAUUUGGAGAGUGCUCUCCUUACGCAGGGAUGCCCAAAGCGUUCCGCUGUCCACCCUGCCCUUCAGACUGUUUCUUCUCCCCCUCUCUGUUCAGACUUUCCCCUCCGGAUCCCUUUGGCAUGCAAGGGUCAAGUCAGCAGGAUUUCUCUUCCACCAGAGUUCUCUUCAGCUGUGUUAUGAUCCUGUUCCUCGGUGCCACAAUUGACCCAAAAGCUUCCCAGGCAAAACAAAAGGAUUAACUGUGAACUUUGCUCCCUUGGACAGCCAACACUGAGACCUGAUCAAAGUCAAUUAUGCUUUUGCCUCACAUGGAAGAUCCAAACAUGCUUAUGAUGGAUGGAUGCCUGUAAUAUCCAGAAGACCAUGGAAGGAGAAAACCUAGUAAACUUCACCAGAAAUAACACUACAAAAGACGUCCACCUGGUCACUCACAGUCUUUGGGAGGUGAUUACCAUUGCGACUGUGUCUGCCAUUGUCAGCCUCAUCACCAUUGUGGGCAAUGUUCUUGUAAUGGUCUCCUUUAAAGUCAAUAGUCAACUGAAGACAGUGAACAAUUACUACUUACUGAGUCUGGCAGCAGCAGACCUCAUCAUAGGGGUUUUUUCCAUGAAUUUGUACACCUCUUACAUCCUGAUGGGCUACUGGGCUUUAGGGGACCUUGCCUGUGAUCUGUGGUUAGCAGUGGACUACGUAGCCAGUAAUGCCUCUGUCAUGAACUUGCUUGUGAUCAGUUUUGACAGAUAUUUUUCCAUUACUCGGCCUCUGACUUACAGGGCCAAACGGACCCCUAGACGAGCUGGAAUUAUGAUAGGUUUAGCUUGGUUGGUGUCUCUGAUUUUGUGGGCCCCACCUAUUCUUUGUUGGCAAUAUUUUGUUGGGAAAAGAACUGUUCCUGAAAGGCAAUGCCAAAUUCAGUUUUUUUCUGAGCCCGUUAUAACAUUCGGGACAGCAAUUGCGGCCUUUUAUAUUCCUGUGUCGGUUAUGACAAUCCUCUACUGUCGGAUCUACAAGGAAACAGAGAAGAGGACAAAAGAUCUGGCAGAACUUCAGGGCGUUAAUUAUCAAUUGGACUCCGGUGAGGCACAGCCUCAGAAGACCAUCAUAAGAUCAUGUUUUAGUUGUAAACUGAGAUCAACUUCACAUGAUCAGAACCAAGCCUCCUGGUCAUCUUCCAGCAGGAGCCAUGCCAAAUCCACUGGAUCCACUAGUGAUGAGUGGUCCAAAGCCGGUCAGUUGACCACCUUCAAUAGCUACGCCUCUUCUGAGGAUGAGGACAGGCCAAUGUCUCCGGUGGGGCACAAGCCCUCCGUCAGGAAUCAGGCUUGCGAAGCAAACAGAAUUAUUGUGGGAAGUGAGAGUGAGCAGCUCAGCAGUUUUGAUGAUGACAGCUUCUUCCAGGCACGUCCCAAAAGCAGCUCUCAAAAGAGUAGCAAAUGUGUGUCCUACAAGUUUAAACCUGUGCCCAAAGAUGGUCACGUGGAACACCAGAGCAAAAACGGAAACACCAAGUUGGUGUCCUCAACUUUCUCCUCAGCUGAAUCUAUGAGCGUUCCCUCAACGUCCUCAGUGUCCAAGCCUACAGACACAUCUCUGAAAAGCCAGAUCACCAAGAGAAAAAGGAUGGUGCUGAUCAAAGAGAGGAAGGCAGCUCAGACUCUCAGUGCUAUCUUACUGGCAUUUAUCCUUACAUGGACCCCUUACAACAUCAUGGUGUUGAUUUCCACCUUCUGCUCAGACUGUAUCCCACUCUCCCUCUGGCACCUGGGCUACUGGCUGUGCUAUGUCAACAGUACCGUUAACCCCAUGUGCUAUGCCCUGUGCAACAAGAACUUUCAAAAGACAUUCCGCAUGCUGCUGCUCUGUCAGUGGAAAAAGAAAAGAAUUGAGGAGAAACUGUACUGGUAUGGACAGAACCCUGCAGUUAACUCCAAGCUCACAUGAUUGACUUUUUUUGUAAGUUCUGGGAUCUUACCAACAAUCUUGGCUUUGUAAACUUGGACUCUACAUGUUAGUGUUAAUCAAUUCAGCUGGUGUCAUGAAGAGUAACUGCUGCUAAAAUCCUUCAAAAAGAAUGACUAUAUCCAGUGUUUUACAAACGUCAAAGUUUUUCACAUUUUGUUAUUUAACUGCAAACUCUAUUGUUUUCCAUUGGGAUGUUUUGUAGGAA